AUGAAAAUUCACUUCCGUGAACAAUAUUGUUCAAAUGGAGAGGAAAUUCUCUACGUCACUCCGGAUCAUCAAGAUACUGUUGUGAGGGUAACGGUUAAAGGAGAACGACCAUCGAUACGCAAUCGGUUUAGCAUCAGACGCUUUUUCCAGCACCUAUUCCUGCCCGUUGGAUAUCCGGACAGUGUGAGCAGUGAUUAUCUGUCUUACCAAAAGUGGGACACGUUGCAGGCGUUCUGCAGCACGAUAAGCGGAACUUUAACGACACAUGCAAUUCUCAAAGGAGUCGGUGUCGGUAGCGAUGCAGUCAACCCACUUUCGGCAACCGUUACAUGGGUGCUCAAGGAUGGCACAGGACAUUUGGGAAGAAUAUUGUUCGCGUGGUGGAAAGGUUCGGAAUUGGAUAUCGAUUCAAAAAAGUGGCGCAUCCGCGCGGACAUACUGAAUGAUGUAGCGAUGGGUAUUGAUCUAUUCGUGCUGCCGUACUAUCCCAAAGCGGCUACAUACAUUCUGUGCGCAACAACUACGAUGAAAGCAAUAGUCGGUGUGGCAGGUGGAGCGACGAGGUCUGCACUAACACAGCACCACGCGAUUCGUGGCAAUUUGGCGGACGUGGCGUCGAAAGAUAGCGCCCAGGAAACUUGUGUCAAUUUAAUCGCCUCCUUUGUGGGACUUUUCCUUCUCUCGUACCUGCAAAAUCAAAAAGUUUUAUAUGGUUUAUUUGCCUUCGUGACGCUGGUGCACAUUUAUGCCAACAUAAAGGCCGUGAAGGCAGUUUGUCUACGGACGUUCAAUGAAGCUCGCUACCUAAUCGCGCUGGAAGAAUACUUCAAGUCAGGCAUGAUGCUCUCUCCCCAGCAAGUGAACAAGCUAGAAAGAGUGACCGUUGGUCAAACGGUCUCCCUAACGGCACGGGUCAAGAUCGGUUGCUCCGUGCGAGAGCUUACCGAGUUUUAUCGCAAUUGUUACGAUUUGGAAAAUCUGAUCGCAUGCUUCGAUUCGCGAGAAAAGUUUCUGCUGGCCGAAACACGCCACUAUGUCGGUGUGUAUCUACACUUUACGGUAAAGCCACUGGACAUUAUAAAAUCCUACUUUUACGUUGCUUCCUAUCUGCAAGACAAGAGCCAGUUGCGCGAUCGUUACUGGGAAAUACAGAACAAAUGGAACGAAUUCCUCAAUCUGGCUCAGUGCGAAGGCUGGAACGUUCAAGCACAUUUGCUCAAAACCGAUGAGUAUCGGCUCGACUGGAGGAUAUAGACCACCGAACUGUAUCGUACCUACCCGUCCGGUUAUCUAUAUCCGGCAGCAUACCGUGUAGAUUACCGCUAUUCAUAGACGAGGUUAUAUUGUUCCGUUUACCUUAGCCU